CGUUUGAGAGAAUAUCCACAAGACCCCGACGCGCGAUGCACAUGAAGAAUAAAUAUAGCCGAGAUCAUCAACCUAUAUUUUCCGAUGUCAGCAACAAAGUGUCCCUACGACUACCCAAGGGAUACAACUUGCCCUUAGCAGAUGAUGUUCUCAAAAAGCUUGAUAUCAAUGCUCCGGCCCAAUCCGCAUCAUUCGAACGUGGCGAAUUUCUGUUUUAUCGCGAACUUCCAAAGACGUCUCGUGUAUAUCCUGCGAUAUCGGUAGCCCUGUUAGAACCUGCUCCACGGAAUAAUGAACCCCAGACGUCUGUCCAGUCGGUACUUGAUGUCUUGGAGUCCGCGAAAGAAGAUCUGUACGCAGAUCCGUUCGGACAACAGCCGCAUGAACCUACCGCCAUUGACGAAGUGUCUGGCGAAUGGGAAGUCGAGCGUAUCUUGAAUAAGUGUAUUCGUCGUCAUGGCCCCGGCCCGCCGUAUGCAGAGUAUUCGGUCUGUUGGCUUGGAUACUGUCUGUCUCACGACCAGUGGAUAUGCGAAUACAAUCUCGACUCGCCUGACCUUGUCUACGAAUUCGACAAUGCCGUUUAUUGAUCUCAUUCAUCAUAUCUGACUUUGUGUCUCAUACCUUUGCAUCUUCUGCAUCACCCUACACCUGCAUCCUUGUGUUGUACAUCCUUG